AUGGGUUUUGGUAGUAAUGUUAACAAAGGCAAACUACCUGCUUAUGACCUCAAUGCUGAACAUGAUGAUGAACAGUUUGGUUCGGAAUGUCCAAUUUGUUUCGAGCCAAUGGUCAAUAAAGAUAAUCAUCGAACCAUUGUUAAGCUUCAAUGUGAUCAUACAUUUCAUCUAGGACGCAAUGGAGCUGAAUUGUGUCCCUAUAUAGAGUAUACUUCUACAUUCCCCAGAUCCAGUGUUGUUGUUGGAGACACUAGCUCAAGGGUCGUCCCUAAUCCAAGCUUGCAUGCGGAUCAACUCCAUCAUCCGUCAAACCCAUCUCAUUUAAUUCCAAUUAGUCCUUUACCGAGUAAUCCAAGGAUUUUCCAGAAUGUCUCAAAUCCAGAGGUGACCAGAGCAAGACAUUACUUUGCUCAUCCAUUUAUUGAUCACAGUUCCAUUGGAUCCGGUACCUCAACGGCUAAUGCUCCGCUGUUUCCGCCUAAUCAAAGCGGUAGUGUAGUAGGAGAUGCUCCAAUUGUUCAGCCUUACCUUGGCGGCAACUUUGCAACUAGUUCCGUAAUGGAUAAUGCUCAACUGGCUUGGCUUUAUCUAGCUGCAAACUUACAGGAUAAUGCUCUACUAGCUAAUCCUACAAUAGCUCGACCUUAUCCGGUAGUUCCACCACUCAUUGGAGGUUUACCUACACCAGCAUGGCCCACCCUUAUGUUCCCAUUUGGUUGGGGACAACUUCCUAGAGGAAUCCCAGAUUUUUGGUCAACCCCAUCUGGUCUAAACCAUCUGAUGUAUGGUGGUGGCGGCAUAAACAACAUGGCAAGCGGAAGUGGUAGCAGUGGAAGAGGAAGCAGCGGUGUUGGAGAAAGCCAUAUUGAUAAUAGUGGUGGAAGUGGUAGAAGCGGCGAAAGUGGAGAAGAUGGUAGCAAUGGUGGUGGCGAAAGCAGUAACAGCAGAGGUGAACAUGGGAGCCAGGGACCAUCCUGA